CUUUCUCUAUAAUUGCUGUCUCGUGCGUUUCAGAUUUGUGGAGGAAUGGCAACCGUGGCCUCUUCGCGGCUUGUAUCGAGGAGCUCCGCAACUGGAUCGGACCGUAAAUCACCGUUCGCCGAAGAUGGCGCCAUGAGAAGCAAACACAUGACUUACAGUGGACUGAGACCUUCUAACAAACUGGAUCUGCUACAGUUGAGAACCAAUGCGAAGGCCGGUAGCAGGCUGUUUGGGAGGAAAGCGGCCAAAACUGAAACAGCCAGGGCAUCCCAGGGAGUAAUCAAGUGUGGAAUGAACUUGGUCUUUGUUGGAGCAGAGGUUGGUCCCUGGAGCAAGACCGGUGGACUCGGCGACGUUCUUGGAGGACUCCCCCCGGCCAUGGCGGCCAAUGGGCACCGAGUCAUGACAGUAUCACCACGAUACGACCAGUAUAAAGAUGCCUGGGAUACAGAGGUGUUCGUUGAGAUCAAAGUCGGGGACAGACUUGAAACCGUUCGCUUCUUCCACUGCUACAAACGAGGUGUUGACCGUGUUUUCGUAGACCAUCCACUCUUCCUUGAGAAGGUGUGGGGAAAAACUGCAACCAAAAUCUAUGGUCCCAAGGCCGGAGUGGAUUAUAAAGACAACCAACUUCGCUUCAGCCUGUUAUGCCAGGCUGCUCUUGAAGCACCAAGGGUCCUGAAUUUAAACAGCAGCAAAUACUUCUCCGGACCAUAUGGAGAGAACGUUGUUUUCAUUGCUAACGAUUGGCACACCGCUCUUCUUCCCUGCUACCUAAAAACUAUGUACAAAUCUAGGGGAAUGUAUAAAAGUGCCAAGGUUGCUUUUUGCAUUCACAACAUUGCCUACCAAGGCAGAUUUGCCUUUGGAGAUUUUUCACUACUAAACCUCCCAGAUCAAUUUAAGGGAUCUUUUGAUUUCAUGGACGGAUAUAACAAGCCGGUGAAGGGAAGGAAGAUUAACUGGAUGAAGGCUGGGAUACUAGAAUCAGACAGGGUUGUGACAGUUAGCCCCUAUUACGCUCACGAACUUGUUUCAGGUGAAGAUAAAGGUGUGGAAUUGGAUAACAUCCUUCGCGUGACUGGUAUCACUGGUAUUGUGAAUGGCAUGGAUGCACAAGAGUGGAACCCAUCUACUGACAAAUAUAUCGAUGUGAAGUACAAUGCCACAACUGUGAUGGAUGCGAAGCCCAUUUUGAAAGAAGCCCUACAAGCAGAAGUUGGGCUGCCUGUUGAUAGGAACAUUCCUGUAAUUGGCUUCAUCGGUAGACUUGAAGAGCAGAAAGGUUCUGAUAUUCUUGUAGAAGCCAUUUCACAGUUUGUUGGAGAGGAUGUACAGAUAAUUAUUCUCGGGACUGGCAAAAAGCAUAUGGAGGAACAGAUUGAGGAACUGGGAGACCUGUAUCCUGACAAGGCCCGUGGAGUGGCAAAGUUCAAUCGCCCUUUGGCCCAUAUGAUCAUAGCUGGAGUGGAUUUUAUGUUGAUCCCCAGUAGAUUUGAACCAUGCGGUCUUAUUCAGCUGCAAGCAAUGCCAUAUGGAACGAUUCCCAUUGUUGCCUCAACUGGUGGACUGUUCGACACCGUGAAAGAAGGUUUUACAGGAUUCCAAAUGGGUGCCUUCAACGUUGAGUGCGAGACUGUCGAUCCUGCUGAUGUGAAAGCAGUGGCAACGACUGUGAAGAGGGCACUCCAAACCUACAGCACCCCUGCUUUGGCAGAGAUGAUUCAGAACUGCAUGGCUCAAGAACUCUCGUGGAAGGAGCCUGCAAAGAAGUGGGAGAAGCUGCUGUUGAGCAUGGAGGGAGCUGGCAGCAAACCAGGUGUUGAUGGGGAGGAGAUAGCUCCUCUUGCUAAAGAGAACGUUGCAACUCCUUGAGCACCAAACUGCUGUUCCUGGGGCUACUUACUAGUAGUUAAUUUUGACGGUUCUUACUGAAUAGUACCAUACUCAAAACUUGUAAUCUUUCAAGUAGAUGGAUUGAAAAACGGAUGGUUACCAGAAAGGUCCCGAGUGUGACUAUUGUAAUGGUGUUCGAUAGUGUAAUUAAAAAAUCGAACCUUGUUGAACCAAUUACCAGAGUUGUUUGUAUUCCUGCGGCUCCUGCCAUACCAAAUUCUUUACUUCAUAUGCAGCGUUGGUAAAAUGGAGACAAUAGGCUAGUCAUAUGCAGAGACCCAUUGUGGCCCCUCUAAAUCCCAAAUAGAAUAUAAUCCAGCAAAGAUAAACGUACUAUUCUUCUGCAUUCUGGCAUCCCUAUUCACAAUCCUCCAACUACAAAAAUUUUGUUCACAACAAUUGGCAUUCUUCUGCCUAUAACGGACCUUCCGGGAAACGUGUUCAUUUACUUGUUGAACAACCAAAUCAAGGAGAACGAUCUUACGAGAAUCAAGAAAGCAUACCUUCCAACAAGUAAAAACUCAGGGAAACUUUUUUGAUAAGGGAAAAAAAAAACCCCUUGGGAGGAUUCACCAACGGUUCCAGAGCAUGGUGUUAAAUGGCAUUUGCUUUACAGACAGUAACUGGGAAUUUAUUCUGUGUACAUUUUCUUAAUGUGUUCAUCAAAAAAAGAUCAAUGAAUGUCUUGAAAAACUCUGUAGGUUCUUUCUUGCUAUAUGUAGUAUAGUAUGUCAUAGCAACCCAAGCAAGGUUCCUAACUUUGUGCCAAAUGAUUUACCACUUAAUAUAUACCAAUGGGCCACAAAAUUUCAGCAUCCCAAGUGUGUUGUGGCUUAGAAGCACCACUUACAUGGCAAACCUUCUGCCAAAUGUGCCUGGAAUAGAGGCAGCCAAAGAGGAUGUGAGGUACAGAUUCUAUUUCUUGAUGGCAGAAGGAGCAAACAGCUAAAAAAGAUAACUCCCCUGUUAAGGUUACAAAGCUUAUCUUAGCUCUCAGCUUCUUUUGUAUUGCCAUCCAUACGAUAAAGCUGUACCUUGGUAUGCACUUAGGGAACUAGACUAGUUCGUGCCAAUGGACAAAAGGUACAUUGGCAUAAAUGUUCUACUAAAAUCAAGUGUAUGUGUUUUGCCUACCGAACUCGAGAAGCAUGUCCCAAGGCUAUCACUUCAGCAGGAGCACCCAAAGCAAGAAUACUGUGUGAAUCAAGAGGGGACGAACAACCCAAUUGGGAGGGCAGAAGGGCCCCAAAAUUAGCAGAAGUCCUACUCCACAUCCUUUCCUGGGAAUUUAGGAUCAGUUCAGGGGGCAGGGGCAAUUGCAACCUAUGUUUGAUUCCCAAAAUCCUACAGGCUAAGUAAUCCAACUAAUAUGCAAACAGAUGUGUGAUGCUUGCAUCAAAAUACCAGUAAAUAAGGUUUCUACAGCAUUCAUAAACCAUUCUAAUAAUCUACUAGGAGAAUCAAACAUGCCAAUAUAGCCCAAUCACUUGCCGACUAAACUAGUUAGCAUGCGGCCAUUUGCAAAACAUGAAAGAAAUUCAAAAAAAAAACACGAACAACUCAAGAAUUACCACAAACAACAAGCUUGACAUAGAAAACUUCAGACAGACAAAUCUAGUUUUAAUAUGAAAUUUCUACCAGAUAGAUCCAUCUUAAAGGUCAACAGUGAAAAACACAGCAAUUAUACGCUAUGGAAAAAAAAAACAAAA